UUCUCUCUCAGUUUCAAUUUGAUUGAUUGGCAUGAAUGUAUUAAAACAAUAUUGCAAUAAUAGCACAGUAAAAUAAAGAAAUGAUUUAAUAAACAAGCACCAUUCAAAUACAUAAGAAUUAAAAGCUCUUAGAUCACUCACUCACUCACAAUAGCAAUUUAAGAAUUCAUAAUGGUUAAAGCAUGCAAUGUAAUUUUUUGUUUUUGUUUUCUUUGACUUAUAUGUUUAAUAUUUAUUAUUUAACCUACUUAACUGUAUAUGAUAACUGAAUUAUUGAACUGGCAAAUAAAUUUAAAGCUUAAUGCAUAAGCUGACAAAUAUUGUUAAUAAUGAAAACAAAUACUGUGUAUAAUUUUCUUCAUAAUGCUUACUAUUCUUUCAAAUCAUGUCUUUAAGGUAAAGGAGACCCUCAGGGGCGUCAACAGUUUCCUCACGCUGACUGCUGAUGUGUGGACCAGUCGUGCAACAGAGGCUUACCUUGGAGUGUCUUGCCAUUUCCUGAGUGAAGACUGGAAAAUGAAGAUGUUCAACCUUUCCACCAUGCCUCUUGAGGAGAGGCAUACUGGUGCAAAUAUAUUGACAUGGAUGGAACAGGUUUUAGCAAAGUUUGACAUCUUGCCCACCAAAAUAAAAGCAGUAGUUCAUGAUAGUGGUUCCAAUAUGGUGGCAGCAAUGCGACUGCUUGAAGAAAAACAUGGAUGGGCCUCCAUCCGCUGUGCUGGACACACACUCCAGCUCGUAGUCAACACUGCUCUCAAAGAAACCACCAUUAGCAGAGCACUCGGUGCUGCCAGGCAGCUUGUGGAGCACUUUAAGAGAAGCGAGCUGGCUAGUACAAAGUUAAAGAUGAAGCAGGAGCAAAUGAAUGUUAAGCAAAAUGCACUGAUCCAGGAUGUCAGUACAAGAUGGAACAGUACAUUCCACAUGAUUGAAAGACUCCUUGAACAGCGCUGGCCUCUCACUGCCACUCUGUCAGAUCCCGAAGUAACUCCAAGGGGGAAACACUACUUCGACCUGAAGCCAGAGCAGUGGGAGCUGCUUGAAGAAUUGAAGCAGGGGUUGGCACCUUUUGAGACUGCUACUGUUUACCUUAGUGCACAGCAGUACACAACCAUUUCAGGUCUUCCACAGGUGGUCAAAGGGCUGACACGGGCUGUACACCAAAGCCAAUUUGAGACAAACUCAGGAAAAUCCUUCAUUUCCAAUGCAGAAAAGGGGAUAACACAGAGGUGGGGGAGUAUUUGCACUAUCUCAGGAGACAAAGAAAAUCCAGUUCUUCUUGCAGCUGCCCUGGACCCGAGAUACAGAAAGCUGAAGUUUUUGACUCCUGAAGAUGGCAUCAGACUGCAGGGGAGUAUUGAAGUGCUUGCUGUCAAAGAAGCAAAAACGACUGGGACACAGGAUGCAAAAGGGCCAAUGCAGAGGGCCCAUGGUUCAGGUAGAAAGAGUGCUCUGGAAACCCUUCUUCAGUCUGACACAGACAGUUUGAGUGAAAAUGAGGAUGGAGAAUCUGAGGAGGACAGAAAGAUCCAAGUUGUGAUAAAUGAAGUUCGGCUGUACUUCGGAGAGGCUUCACUUCCUAAAAACGAGGAUCCACUGGAAUGGUGGAGUGCAAAUGAGGGGCGUUUCCCCACAAUGUCAAAGCUUGCCAAAUCAUUUCUGUGCAUCCCUGCAACCUCCACCCCAUCGGAGCGGAUUUUCUCUGCAGCAGGGAACAUCUGCUCUCAAAAGAGAGCAAGCCUUUCUUCAGGACAUGUAGAAAUGCUAACUUUCCUGGCUAUGAACAAGACCCUUGUGCAGUUUGGCAUUAUAUAGAGUAACAGUAUAGUAAAGUUGAAUACUGUUGUGAGCACUGAGCACAAAACGCACUUUUGUUACAUUUGAGUCAGUGAGACCAAAACUUUAAUAAUUCCUUAGUUACAAGUGCCUACCUCAUUGUUGCUAUGUUUGAUGCCAAAGACAAAUUAAGGAAAGAAAAGGCCUAAAAAAUAAAUAUAAAGUUUUUUUUUGUGUUGUUUAGGCAAGUGCCUUUUCCUUAUUUUACUCAGGUGUUUGCACUUUAUGCUACACAGUUAAACAACUGUUUGUUGCUACAAGCAUAUUUUAUUAAAGGUUUAUUGAACUGUUAUCUUAAUUGUCUUUAUUUUUAGUUGGCAUGUAUCUUAAACACUUCAAGCUGAAAGCUAAUUAUGGUUAUAUAAGAGCAGCUUCAUGCUGGUGCGAUAAGUUGUAUGUUUUACUUUGAAUUUACGUAUCAUCCGAUUAGUCGACUAAUCGAUAAGAUAAUCGGUGACUAGUCGACUAUCAAAAUAAUCGUUUGUGGCAGCCCUAGUUAAAAGAGGAGCAGAGCUGUCAACUGAUCACCACCUGGUGGUGAGUUGGAUCCGAUGGCGGGGAAGGCUGCCGGACAGACCUGGUAAACCCAAACGUGUAGUGCGGGUGAACUGGGAACGUCUGGCGGAGGACCCCGUCCGUGGGGUUUUCAGCUCCCACCUCCGGAAGAGCUUCUCCUACAUCCCGGGGGAGGUUGGGGACAUGGAGUCUGAGUGGUCCAUGUUCAAAGCCUCCAUUGCAGAAGCGGCUGUUAGGAGCUGUGGUCUGAAGGUCAUUGGUGCCUGUCGUGGCAGCAACCCAAGAACCCGCUGGUGGACACUGGCAGUGAGGGAAGCCGUCAGACUGAAGAAAGAGGCCUUUCGGGCUUGGCUUGGCUUGGCUUGCUCGGGGGUCUCCUGAAGCAGCUGACAGGUACUGGUUGGCCAAAAGGGUGGCGGCUGUGGCAGUCGCGGAAGCAAAAACUCGGCUGGGGGAGGAGUUCGGGGAGGCUAUAGAGAAGGACUUCUGGCCUCAUGGAGGUUCUGGCAAACCAUCUGGUGCCUCAUUAAGGGGAGGCAGGGAUUUGCUCAGGCUGUAUACAGUCGGGGCUGAGAACUGUUGACCCGUACUGAGGACAUUGUCGGGCGAUGGAAAAAGCACUUUGAGGAACUCCUGAACCCGGUAAACACGUCCUCUGUGUAGGAGGCAGAGCCGGAAGACUUGGGGGAAUCUUCGUCCAUAUCCAUGGCAGAGGUCGCCGAGGUAGUUAAGAAUCUCCUUGGUGGCAAGGCGCCAGGUGUGGACGAGAUCCGCCCUGAGAUGCUGAAGGCUCUGGACAUUGCUGGACUGUCUUGGUUGACACAUCUAUACAGUGUCGCAUGGGCAUCGGGUACGGUACCUGCGGAGUGGCAGACCGGAGUGGUGGUUCCCAUUUUCAAAAAGGGGGACCGGAGAGUGUGCUCCAAAUACCGCGGUAUCACACUUCUCAGCCUCCCUGGGAAAGUCUACUCUCGGGUGCUGGAAGGGAGGCUCCGACCGAUUGUCGAACCUCGGAUUCAGGAGGACCAAUGCGGAUUCCGUCCUGGUCAUGGGACAGUGGACCAGCUCUUUACUCUUGCGGAGCUGCUGAAGGGGUCAUGGGAGUUCGACCUACCAGUCUCCAUGUGUUUUGUAGAUCUGGAGAAGGCCUACAACUGUGUCCCCCAAAGGUGAAGUCAGUUUGUUUUCCACACAUAGUUUGAAAGAUUCCAGAAGAGAAUAUCAUGCACUUAUUUCCAGGAUAUAGAGGUAUAAAUAUUACUUUGGCAGGGUGCCUGUGGUUUCUCUUAGAAGGGAAGAAAGAGAUCUUUUUGUCUAACAAAUGAUCCACGGGAGUAUGGGACACCAUACUCCCGUGGAUCAAGUGAGAGCUGUGUCCGUAUACUCGGCACAAAGUCAAACUUGUUUCCGAUGGGUGUUGGACUCCACCAGGGCUGUCCCUAAUCUCCAAUCCUGUUCGUGGUUUUCAUGGACAGGCUCUCAAGGUGCAGCAGGGGUGAGGACGGUGUCUGGUUUGGGGACCUCAGGAUAGCAUCUCUGCUUUUUGCAGAUGAUGUGGUUCUGUUGGCUUCCUCACAUCAUGACCUUCAGCACACACUGGAGCGGUUUGCAGCCGAGUGUGAAGUGGCAGGGAUGCGGAUCAGCACUUCCAAGUCGAAGGCCAUCGUUCUCUGCCGGAAAACAGUGGAUUCCUCCCUCUCAGUUGGGGGAAGUUGCUUCCCCAAGCGAAGGAGUUCAAGUAUCUGGGGAUCUUGUUCACAAGUGAUGGGAAAAUGGAGCGUGAGUUGGACAGCCGGAUCGGUGCAGCGUCAACAGUAAUGAGGGCGUUGUACCGGACUGUUGUGGUGAAGAGGGAGCUGAGCCGUGUGGUGAAGAGGGAGCUGAGCCGUAAGGCGAAGCUCUCAAUUUACCAGCCCAUCUAUGCUCCAACCCUCACCUAUGGUCACGAGCUCUGGGUAGUGACCGAAAGAACGAGAUCGCGAAUACAGGCGGUUGAAAUGAUCUUCCUCUGUAUGGUGGCUGGGCUCAGCCUUCGAGAUAGGGUGAGGAGCUCAGAGUAGAGCUGCUGCUACUUCACCUCUAAAGGAGCCAGUUGAGGUAGUUUGACCAUCUAAUCCGGGGAGACUUCCUUUGGAGGUUUUCCGAACACAUCCACCUGGGAGGAGACCCCGGGGCAGACCCAGAAUCUGCUGGAGGGAUUAUAUAUCUUGUCUGGCCUGGGAAAGCCUCGGGCUCCCCCAGGAAGAGCUGGAAAGCGUUGCUGAGGGGAGGGAUGUCUGGAAUGACCUACUUCGCUUGCUGCCUCCACAACCCGGCCCCGGAUAAGUGGUAGUAAAUGGAUGGAUGGAUGGACUGUUCACAUGAAGGCUGUUUCUGUGUUUAAAUGGAAAAUGUGUUGUUCUGAAAGAUACAUAAGCUCCUAUUGAACUGCAUAUUUUUAGCAGUAAUUAUUAUUCACAGACUUUGAGAAAUCUAGAGGUUGGAGUCAUUAGUCUGAACAGUUCUUUCAUUUGUGAUUCAGUUAUUCUUGAAAAC